GCGUAACAGGAGGAGCUCCGCGCAAAUACAUUGAAACGAAAGUGAAAGCGUCCACGACGAGCCAGUGCGACAACAAGGGGGUUUCUACCAAUGAAAGAACAUGGGGUUGUUCCUAAAGAUCCUUAUUUACCUUAAUCUGUUCGCAGGUGCUCUGUGUGUCCAUCAGAUGUCCUGGCUGUCCUGUCCAUUCGUGGAUGAACAUGUGUUUGUGAAUAAAGAGGGCCACACAGAGACUCAGCUCAUCCACAGAGAGGCCAUGCUGCAGUUCGGAAAAAAAGGAGACGCUCCUGUCAACCCAAACGCCAUCACGUUCCUGCUCACCGGAGCCAAGAUGGACCUGCGGCGCCACGUGGAGGGCGCGGAGGCAGACGACCUGGAGUGUGAGCUGCAUCGCUUCAGCACGGAAGGCAUCCACGUGCCGUGGCCCGGCCAGGAGCAGGGGGCCCCGGAGUACAACCGCUGGUUCACCUGCACCCUCAAACACAGCAAGGGCCUGUUCAUGGUCACAGGCUUCCUCAGACUUCCGUCCACCCAGGCCCCCUCAGGACAGAACGACUACCGCAACUGGGCUCCUAUCGAGGACAGAGAGAUACUCACAACAACAGUUGCCAUGACCAUUAAAACAACGACUCCAACGGUGAAAGCACGACUGGGCUCCCAACAAAAGCUCCACUGCCAGUUCGCCGUCGACCACAAGAGUCCCAACAUCACUGUGGACUGGCACUGGCAGCACCGCGGCGAGAGGAACGGCCUGUUCGGCUACAACAGCCGCGCAGGGAAGCAGCACGGCAGCGGGGUCGGGCUUCGGGGCCUCGCAGGCGGAGACGCUUCCUACACCCUCCCUCACUCCAAGAUGACCAGCGAAGGGACGUACGUGUGCUCAGUGGCAGUGAACCCCCUGUUUGCACAUGUGGAUAUAAAUCUGCACAUUGAAGAGCCUCCUCGUGUCUCCAUAAACGUUGGACCAGUGGUCUCUCUGGUGGAGGACGAGGACCAGAAGGUCAUCUGUGAUGCGGAGGGCUACUACCCGCUGGAUGUGGAGAUGGUUUGGUACGAGCAGGAUCGGGCGGCGAUAGGCCAGAGGGUCGGCGCUCCUCUUCCCAAGGCGCGGCAGAACGUCCUGCUGUCGAGCCACAAACACAACAACGACAAGACCUUCUCGCUCUCAGCGUUCUUCUACCUCAAGGCUUCGCUGCAGGACUCAGGGAAACAGUUCACGUGCAGCGUCUCCCACCACUCGCUGAGAGUUCCCAUCAAGAAGAGCUUCAUCCUGAACGUGCAAGAGGCCAAGAGCUGGACAUUCAUCCUCACUGUUGGCUUCGUUGUGGUAACGGUGCUGGUCAUCGCCUUUGAGAUUCUGCGCCGCCUGUAACGAGAUUUUCCUUUUAGCAGUAAAAACUGGUUGUGUCGGUGGGUCCCUGAGCAGACGCUGACACACUGAGGCAGCAGAACAUUGUGACUGUGACCAUCACUACCCCUCAUGGAUGUCACAACGUUUAAUUUGUGUUUGCGUGAGUUUCUGUGAAACUGCUGCUUUGACUUAGUUCACACUAAAAGAGUUGAACAGAUCUCUUUUCUACUGAAAAGCCCCAAAGGAGACAGAUGGGUGGGGAUUGUACAUGUUAAAGAGAUUUAGAUGAAUUCAGGCUUUCCACACAUCAGCACUGUGUGUUUUUAGGGGAAAAUUGGGCUGUAAUGCGUUUUAAGAAUCACCAAUGAUGUGACUUUUUUCUGAUUUAUUCUCUAGAUGUAAAAGUUCCAGGUGUAAAUUAUUAUAAACUAUAACCCUUAAUAAUUUUACUUUAUAUGUUUAGUUUUACUGAUUUGUUUACUGCUUUGAAAUAAAAAAAACGUUCUUGGAGUAUCUUAUUGUCAUGCAUCAUCUUGGGUCAGAGAUCAAAGGUAAAAAUUCUGUCUUUACUCCUACUGCACUGACUACUAGGAUACUAGGAUUUUAUACAGUAUGAAUUUGGUGAAUCUGAGAAAAUACACACUACUAAAUACUGAAUAUACACACAAGUUAAACUAUAGCCAAGCAAUAAUGUGAUACAGUCUGUGUGAUGCCACACAUGCUGUAGACUAACAAACACAGAGGAAAGUAAUGGUGGAUGCACAAUGAACAACCUGCAAGUAGGUGGUACAGUAAAAGCUACUGGUCUGACUGGGGGAUGUGGAAACCAGUGAGUGGCGCUAUACAAGUCUGCUGUUACACAUUGCAACACCUGUAUGACACAUGAUUAGUAAGAAAUGCGCUGUCCCCAGAACAGUAUCUGUUUUGGUUGAAGCCAGGUCAGAAUAAAAGCUCUAAACCUGC